AUGCCUGGAAUUCUACCUAUGAAAGUGAUCAAGGUCGGCAACGGCUCGCAAAGCCGUAUCGCCCAGGCCUGUGAUCGGUGCCGAAGCAAGAAGAUCCGCUGCGACGGCGUCCGUCCAUGCUGCACCCAAUGCGCUAAUGUUGGUUUCGAGUGCAAAACAAGCGACAAGCUGAGCCGUCGCGCGUUUCCUCGUGGUUACACGGAAUCGUUGGAGGAACGGGUCCGGUCCUUGGAGGCGGAAGUGAGAGAUCUUAAGACUCUGUUGGAUGAGAAGGAUGAGAAGAUCGAUGUGCUGUCGCGUAUUCAUUCUUUUUCGCCCUCUGUGCAACAGAGGGCUCAGGCUGCUUCGCGGGCGUCGCCAGCUGCUGAGUCGGUGCGCUCGAAAGCUUCUGAUUCUGGGGAGGGUGUCAUUCAGAUUCCGGAUGUCUUGUCGGAAUCGGUCGACGCGCAGUGUGGUGGCCUUUCUAGUACGCGUGGAUUCUCAGAUGUCUUCACCAACAGACUUACUGAACAAGGACGACUUUCCUCGAGUCUCUCAACCCAGGCUCUGACAGCGUCGCCUGCGCCAAUUUCGCAUGCUCGCGUUGAUCAAGCCAUCAAAACCGCGCCACGGCUGGUGUCGGACCAGCUCAUCAACAUUUUCUUCCAGGAAUGGGCGCCAUUAUACCCUGUUGUCCACCGUCCGACCAUACUCAAAGCUUACGAGAAGUAUCUCUCAAACUCGGACUUUCUGCAGGGCAGCACACACGACAUGGCACAAUUGAAUUUGAUUUUCGGCAUUGCUGCCCUUGCCUCUACUUCACGAACCAACCAGGAUCCUACAUUCUUUGAGGACAACUGGUCGCCGAUCCUUGAGUCGCUCUCGAACGAUAUCUCAGUUUCGACGCUGCAAUGCUAUGUGCUCGCUCAGAUGUACUGCAUGACCAAGGGAGAUUACACUGGUCUGGUUCGCUACCGGGGUCUUGCCGUUGGUCUCUGCCAUCAAUUGAGACUCCACCAGAGUCAGAAGCGUUUCUCCUCCAACCCACUUGUUGCUGAAACACGCAAGAAGGUGUUCUGGUGCCAGUAUCUUCUCGAUCGUUUCACCGCUGCUUUGACCGGACUCCCCGUGCUUAUGCGCGAAGAGGACAUCCGCACAGAGUACCCCGAGGAUGUCGAUGAUGAGAAUGUCACCGAGACUGGCUUUCUGCCCACUCUUCCUGGCGAGUCCACUCGUAUUUCCAGUGCCCUCGCGUUGUUCGCUGCAUCCAGAAUCUUGAAUAAGGCCUUAGAGAGCCUGUAUCCUUCCGAUGGCGGUUAUAAGAUCUCGGUGUCGAAGAUGCGUACCGUGGCCGAACAACUGGAUGCGUGGGUGAAGAACCUCCCUGCUCAUCUGCGGCUUGAGUUCUCCCAAGAUAAGCCGAGCACAAAUAUUACAAGCAGUCGAUCGCCUCUUUUGUCGCUUGCUUACUAUUAUAUCCGUUGUCUCGUUCAUCGCCCUGCUGUUUGCUUUGGCGAAGAGCAUCUUCGGUCACAGUCUAUCCUCGCUACUUCUGACUCGUGCAAACAUAUUAUCCAGAUUCUGCAGCUGCUUGAUGAGCGGCGCCUUUGCCUUUCGAUCAGUGUGAACCGGAAAGAGCUGGUUUACUCUUCUGGUCUGGGUCUUUUGUGGCAGAGCCUUGGCCUGAAGCGCGAAAGCAAGCUCGUCAAAGAGAGUCAGAAACUACUCACUGCUGUCAUUGACCAGCUCGAGGCUGAGUGCGCCCCCGCGGCCGCCGAGUUUAGCUCGGUGGCCAGUGUGUUGGUCUCGCUCGACACCGGCAAGCGUGGGAGCUCCGCCAAUCCCCAAGCCAUGUCACCUCCCGCUCAGAAGCCGCUCAAGUCGCCCAAGAAGCACUUGCAAACUCUUAAAUCGCGCAUUGCUGGCCAUGCCGAGUCCAGCCAGCCAGCCAAAUCACUCUCCCGAAGGGCGACCAUCUCAGGUGCCAGCCCGCCAAUCAGUCAGCGUCAUAUCCGGUCCUCUAGCCGGUCUAGCCUGCCAUCCGAACACUAUCCCACCCAACAGAAUGACAUGAACAAGGCGUUCUACACUUCGCCCCACCUGGGACAGGACUCUAUCCAGAAUCUGUCCAGCUCGGCUCCCUCGAACGCCGCCGCCGGUACGAUGACCAUGGCGGAUUGGGAGUUUGUCUUGAGUGAUAUGGAUCGCGGCUACUCGAACAUCUUUACGGGGAUCUACGGGGGCAAGGAUUGCGGCGAAGACAGCGGUCCAUUUGCGUCGCUAACUGCAGAGUGCACCCACAAACCGGAGCCGACACCGAUGCUGACACCUGGACCGAAACAUGAUGUCCCCGGACUGUCCCCCGAGGCGUGGUCGGCCAGCAGCAGCAGCGAGGUCCUGGCUCAUCACGAAGUGAGUGCGGCGCCGCAGAGUGUCAUCAGCUUCUCGGAUGAGAGCAUGGGCAGUGCGGAGGACGCCCUGCCGUAUCAUGAUCUGCAGCUCCCCCUGGAUGAACUGGAUCCGUUUCGGGGGAUUCUGAUCCCGGCGGUGGAAGACGAAAUUGAUGAAUUUGGAAUGAGUCACGGAUGGAACCGACGGCUGGCCGUCUGA